CAAAAGCACUACAUGCCACUCGUGUAUACACAAUAUAGAAUAGAAAGUUCUGUACUGAUGAUUGACCUAUGAUUUAUUAUAUUAUAUGCCGAUCUUUGAAGUCUAAUCAUUAUCCAUAAAACCAUCAGUUUUACAUUUUCUUAAUCUCCACAGAUCUGGAUCUCGAUUUCCCUAAAGCUUUUCUUUAAUACAUUGUCGGAGCAAAGUUCUUCCAGUCGAGACAGCCCAGACAAGGCACAUCUUUGGAGGUGAGGCAGCUUCAAUUUUUGUACUUUAAACAUGGAGUGCAAUGUGGCUGCAGGGGAGGCAGAGUGGGUGAUGAGUAAUGCCUCUUUCUUGCAUCGCAAACACACAAAAUGACAAAAUAGUAGUUCAACUCAUUACCCAUUUCACAACUUCCCUGGCCUAAAUAAUGAACAAAUUAUUGAAGCCAUGUCGGGAACCGAAUACAAUGGGAAAGGCCAACUCUGGCACCACAUGCUGAUCACAUUGAAGUGAACAGUCCUGUCUCUUUCUCAUCUCUGUGCACGUUCCUAUAUAUAUAGAGAAUUAUAGAAUUGGUAGAAGCACCUCAAAGUUGAGCUUUAAUUCACUGAAAACAUUAACAAGAGCAGCCAUGGCUGGUAAAUAUCAUGUUCGAUCUAUUAGCUUGCCUUCCAUAUCUCAUCCCUGCACUCUCAGACUCGAGGAAGAGCUGAACAAGCUCAGAAUAUGGGAGGCAACAUCUACAUCAACAUCCGAGUCGAUUUCACAUGGUCUUGUUGGUCUAGACGAUUUGUACAAUUGCAUGGAUGAUCUUCUCAAAAUGACAUCGACCCAACAAGUCCUUUCCCAACAUCAACAUGAGAAAUACGUCGAGGAAUUGUUGGAUGGUUCUGUAAGGCUUUUGGAUAUCUGUGGCAUUACAAGGGAGGCCACAUUGCAAAUUAGAGAACACGUUCAAGCUCUUCAAUCUGCACUCCGGAGAAGAAAGGGAGAUUCAAGCAUUGAAAGCAGCAUCAACAACUACACUUGCUUCAGGAAGAAAAUGAAGAAGGAUGCCAAGAAACUGAUCACUGCUUUAAAGCAAAUGGAAAACAAAUUUGGGGCAUCACCUGCCUUGGAUCUAGAUCAUCCCCUGUCUGUGGUGAUUCGGGUUCUUAGACAAGUUUGUGCAAUGAAUGUUUCUAUCUUUCAAUCCCUCUUGCUCUUCUGCGCAACGCCAGUGUCAAAGCCAAAGCCGAAGCCAACUGGGUGGUCACUGGUCUCAAAGAUGAUGCACAAAGGUGCAACAGCAUGCGAAGAGAAGCAAGAGAAAGUGAAUCAGAUGCAAGAUGUUGAUGCUGCAGUCGGCACCCUACGCAGAGAUGCUUCAAGUAAAGAGUCAGAUACUGAGAAGACACAAAGUGCACACAGAAGGUUGAAGGAUUUGGUGAUUAGCAUUGAAGAUUUGGAGAAUGGUUUGGGGUGUGUGUUUAGGCGUUUGAUCAAAACAAGAGCCUCUCUUCUGAACAUAAUUUCUCAAUAG